UGUAUAUAUAUAGAACAACAGAUCAACAUUAAAUAUUUAUGCAAUAUGUUAUAAUUUGUGCCUCAAAAAAAAAAAAACUGACGGAUAAAUAGCUGGUGGUGGUUAUUGACACGCGAAACGACAUCAAGUUGACUUUGGUGGUUCUCAGGUGGCUUGCCCGUCACUCAGGACAUGCUUAUGCCAUUUCAACCCCUAUCCAUAUCCGAGAGGGGAGCACGAUCACCAAUUGCAAGCUCUAUAAGAGGGUGCCUUUACUGCUCCGCCCCGUGGCCAAUCAAAAUUCUAGCUCUUUUACCCCGUCAACGAAAGCUCUGGUGAAUUCUAGCCAAUGGGUGAAAAAUACAGAUAACCCUUGGCUUCAGUGAUCACGUCUAGAUCACCCCCGAGGUCUCGAUGACGGAAGCUCAAAAUUACGAAUCAUAGAUCACUACAUGAGUUUUCGUCAGUUAGUUGAUCUAUUGAGUUGUGCGGGAUUAUUCGUUUUGUCGAUAACUUUUUCCUGGUCUAUGAUAGUGUAAGUAAAAAUUUAAAUCCAAGAUUAAGGAGUGAUGGAAGAGCAUAACCGAGACUCAACACUCUGUAAAGUAUGUGGAGACAAAGCAUCGGGAAAACACUAUGGUGUGUCAAGUUGUGAUGGUUGUCGAGGCUUUUUUAAACGGUCAAUCCGUAGGUAUGCCAGAAAUUUAGAUUAUGUUUGCAAAGAAAAUGGUCAAUGCAUAGUUGACGUAUCAAGAAGAAAUCAAUGCCAAGCUUGUAGAUUUGCCAAGUGUCUUGAAGUAAACAUGAAACGAGAUGGUAUGUUCCAUUUUAAAGCGGUACAACAUGAGAGAGCACCUAGAAGUACGUCGUCGUUGGUUUCCGCUGCGAGAAGAGUACCCUCGGUGAUCUAUCCAGGAAUCUCUCACGUCUAUCACACUGCAAGCAACCCCUACCACCCUCUUUUAUAUCCAACACUCUUUCCGUUCAAACCUAGUGUACCAACUUUUAGUCCCAGUGUUGCGCACUUUUUGCCACGACCUAUUGCAGAACCUUUUCCUGUGGCUGCUGCUAAAGAGGAUGAAGUUACGAGUUCAGAAGAAGCGAGAAAUGCCGUCCAAAGAUGUGAAAAUAAAGAGCAUACGAAUGUAUCUUUAGUACCAGCUUCGAUAUCGAAUCCAUCCUUAACAGACUAUGGAGUUUCUAAUCAGUCAUUCUUACUAACAGAAAACGUUUAUGAAUCUGCAGCAAGAUUACUCUUUUUAGCAGUAAAAUGGGCUAGAAGUAUUCCAUCUUUUUUAGAAUUAUCUUAUCGAGAUCAAGCAAUUUUAUUAGAAGAGUCUUGGAGUGAAUUAUUUGUUCUUACAGCUGCUCAGUGGAACUUUUCAGUCGACGAAUCAAUAUUAGUACCAUUGAUUCUUCCAACAGAAAGGAAACAAAUUCUUGCUGAUGAAUUGAGAAGACUUCGAGAAUUAUUAACACGUUUUACAAUUUUGCGUGUUGAUCAUUCUGAGUAUGCUUGUUUAAAAGCAAUAGCUCUUUUUAAAGGAGAAUCACGAGGACUUGGUGACUCUGCAAGGGUAUUAACUCUUCAAGAACAGACGGUAACAGUUUUAGGAGAAAGAGGUGCCGGUAGAGUUGGCCGCUUAUUGUUGUUAUUAUCCCCUGUACGUGCAUUAUGUCGAGGAACGCUAGAAGAACUUUUAUUCAAACCAACAGUCGGCGAAGUCAGUGUCGAAAGAUUACUCAGUGAUAUGGUACGAGCUACACGACCAACUUAAACCAUCGUUUUGAUAUUUAUUUUAGUAAAUUUUUCAAUUCGUCUAAUUUAUUUAUUGUAAAAAUUAUUGUUAAAUACUUACUCAUAUAAAAAUUUAAUUAUACAAAUUAUUAAUUGUAAGAAAAUAAUUUAGUCGAUAAUUUAUCUUGUAUUGAUAAAAUUAUGCCGUAAUU